AUGAAGAAGCUGGCAUACAAGACGGUGCGUGGUGGGGCAUGGGGAAAGACAUCCUCGCGUAUUAUUAUCUCUCAUGGAUUUCUUGGAAGCAGCUCGAAUUGGGCGACAGUGUCACGUCGUUUGGUGGAACACAAACUUCUACGUUCCAAGCUCCACGAGAUUAGCCUGCUUGACAUGCGUAAUCACGGUGACAGUCCCCAUGCUUCACCGCACACAAACGCAGUGCUGGCAUCAGAUCUUGAGGUGUUUGCUAUGCAACAACAGGAGGGUCGUCCGCCCUGUGAUGACGGAGGCAUAGUGUUGAUCGGCCACAGCAUGGGGGGCCUGGCGACGAUGGCAGCACUACUUCGCCGUGCAAACGAGUUGUCGCUGCUGCUGCCAAGCAGCGAGGAACUUCAGACGCGUCUGGUCCGUGGAGAUUAUUACGGGUGGAAGGACGAGCAAGGCUUUGCUCAGGAAAUGAGUUCUGUUAACGAGUCUAUGGGUUUCCCUGCUCAUCAACCGCUUGAUAUGUUUUUUGGUUGUAGUAAGACCACUUCUGCUGUAUUGCCACGUUAUUCACCUGGACAGCAACAACGGGGUCUGCGUGUCAAGGCUGCUGUUAUCGUGGACAUCACACCAACGGCCCGUCUUGGAUCAACCGCCAAAAAUUCGCAGUGCGUAGCCUUAACGCUUGACGCCAUUGCAAGGGCAGAUUUAUCGCGCAUCAGUAGCUAUGCGGACGGCGACACGGAACUUGAAAGAUGUGGUAUUAGUGAUAAGGCUAUGCGAUCCUUUGUUUUAACAAACCUGGUUCUGGACCACAAGACGGGCAAGCGGAAAUGGCGCUGCAACUUGCCGGUACUUUGUGCCGAUUAUGGCAGGAUGGGGCUUGGCCUGCUUGACUGGUACCUUAAUGCCCCUGCUGAGGGAAAUAGUUCUGACGAUAGAAUGGUGGCUCCGACACGCUGCGCACUUCCAACGCUUUUCGUAUUUGGAGCGCAGUCGCCGUAUAACAGCACGGAAGACCGUCGUUUUAUUGAUCGGUUCUUCUCGAAUGUGACGCAAUCGGAGGUGAUGGGUGCUGGUCACUUUGUCCACUAUGAAAAGAUGCAGGAAUUUGUUGAUACUGUGGCACCCUUUCUUGCGAAGCACCUUUGA